AUAGUAUUGAACGUUCUGUAUAUGUUGUUUUGGGUUUUCAUUCAGUAAUGACAGAAAUUAUAGACUAAAUUGUAAUGAUCAAUAAUGGUUAGCUUUCCUCUUCUAAAACUAAGCCUUUUAGCUUUGAAACAUAUUAGUAAGCCAGUAGUCAAAGGUAUCAAAGAUACCGCCAAAUUCAAUGAACCAUUGCGCAAAUAUUUAGUCGCCCCAACUGCACAAACCUACCAUUGGAUCGGGGUGAGAACCAAAAUGCGCAUACUUGGCAUGAAUCAACCGAAAUUUGUCCCUCCUUUAAACAACACACUGGCUAUUCAAAUUGGAAGCGAACUGCUGGGUGAGCUGAUUAUAUUUAUAAUUGCCGUCAGUUUCUUAAUAUUGGAGUUCUCACGACAAAAGCACAAAGAUGCGUUGAAGCACCAGCAACAUCGAGAAGAGAAGAUAAAGCUGAAAAAGGAAUUGGAAAUUUUGAAUGAUAGGGUCUUAUGUCAGACACACGAGAUAAUACGUCUUAAAGCUCGGGUCGUGGAUUUGACUAGUUCUCAUGAAAAUUAACAAUUUUUGUUACUUGUUUAAUAAAUCAGUUGCUUUCGACUUUCUGUCAAA